AACCUAACAAUUGGUGUGAAUAUUAAACUUUUGUACUCCGUGCUGGCAAUGCAUUUCUCUUUUGUCACUCGGAGCGCUUGCCGGUUUGCGCUUUGUUUCUUCUAUUCUCUCGUUGAGCAUACAGAUCAUGCGCUCUGUCACGGGGCUGGCAAGAAGAGAUUGUAAAGCAAACGUUCGUUGGUUGCUAUAGUAUAAAUAACAGCGUGGGCGCGCCCCUUUCAACGAUAGUUUGUCGGCGCUGUGAGUGGUUACUAAGUUUCAAUAUAAUGGAUCUGCUUUGGAGGUUUACUGAUUAUUUUAUGGACUUUAACAAGGUCCGACAUUUUCAAGAACUAUGUGGACUACAAGAGGCAAAACUUAAUUUAGACAGUACAUCAAAUGGCACAAUAAACGAGGAACAAGAUGGAACAGAAUCGUUGUACUCCAGCGCCAGCAAAAACCACCCAAAGUCAGAUUUAAAGCAAAGAUUGCAUAAACCAGCAUCCUGCUGUGACGUAGAUCAGUUGAAUGACGACUGUAGUCAACCACAAACAGAGCCGAGUGCAACCAUACCAUACGUUGUAACCAACUGGCUGUUGUACCAUAUGUUCCGGUUCGGUUCAACGCUGGGACACGAAAUAUUUUAUAUCACAUGUAUUCCAUGCAUAUUCUGGAACAUGGAUCCUUUUAUUGGAAGAAAAAUGAUCACUGUUUGGGUGGUAACCAUGUACAUAGGACAGGCAUUGAAGGAUAUUAUAAAAUGGCCGCGACCAACUUGGCCACCUGUGUUCAAACUUGAAACAAGGGUAGCAGCAGAAUAUGGAAUACCAUCAACCCAUGCGAUUGCUGGAACUGCUUUACCAUUCUCAAUGCUAAUGGCAAUGAAUGGGAGAUAUGUGUUCAAUUGGGAGCUAGGAGUUCUUCUUGCAUGUAUGUGGUGUGCAUUGGUGGGCUUCAGCAGAAUUUAUGUUGGAAUGCAUUCCUAUUUGGAUGUUAUGGCUGGGAUUACCCUUACUGCUGCUUAUCUUAUCCUUGGUUGGCCAUUCAUGGAAUUGGUUGAUGAAUAUACACUCACAAGUAAAUUUGCCCCAUGGAUCAUCAUAACAUCGCACUUCCUACUUGGUGUAAUCUACCCAAACACUGAUCGCUACAGUACAACCAGAGGUGACACGAUUAUCAUACUUGGUGUAGGGGCAGGUUGUCAUUGUUCUUCAUGGUUGCACCAUCAAUAUGGCUUUCUUUUUGAGCCGAGAGGUAGUUUGCCCUACGAUAUCAACCUACCUACAUUCCAAGAAAUAUACAUCGGCUUUGCUCGUGCAAUGAUCGGCUGCGUCAUCACGAUCCUAUCACGAUUUAUGUUCAAGUACCUAUCUCUGUUCGUGGUUUGUCACGCCGUUGGUGUAUCGAAAAACGAUCCCAACGCCCGUCAACGAAAAGACGUUGAGGUUGCAUACAAGUUCAUCACAUAUGCUUGCGUUGCAUUCGUCGGGAUCGGAAUGGUUCCAAUCAUUCUUGAAGCAAUCGGCGUAACCUUUUAGUUUUCACCAAUAGUUGUUCACGUCUCCAGUGUUAAACCUAUGCAUAAUGCAUGGACAGAAAAUCAAACCAUCGUACCCUUAAGUUUAUUUGCAAGCCAGCUGUUUUCGCACUAUAAUGCAAAGGUUGAAUAGGUGUUGUAUUUUUAAAUCAGCCGCUCUAAUCACUUUUUUACCAAUAGCGACCCGUCCGUUUGUUGAGUUUCAUUUUCGCUCUUUCUCCAAGCUAGAAAACCUUUUAAUUGUACAUUCUGUGACCCAAUGCCUUAAAGAUUUAUUUUGUAUACCGUAUAUAUAUAUACCUUCUUACUAACAUUGUGUUCUAACGCCAUGAUAUGCACUAAGUCCUUUAUCUCAAAACACUGGUACCGAACGAAGCAGAACCAUGCAUGCUUAUCUGCGUGUUUUAAACGUCCACUGAAUGUCGCACCACGACAGCUUAGUUUGCUUGGAAUAAAUGCCAACCAACCGGGAA